AUGUUGGAUUCUGGAUUUGUCGAGUUCAAGCUCGACUACUCGAAACCCAAGGACCUCGCAAUCGGCGACGCCGUCUACUCCGGCAACUUCUCCGCCGGCGACCACGUCUGGCGAAUAAAAUGCUACCAGCGAGGGCACGGCACUGACAUGGACAGCAACGAACCGGUGCGUGCACGCGUACCCGCCCGCGGGCUUCACCGCGUGGGGGUGGAGCCACUUCGUGCACCGGACCACCUGGGCUCGCCGGACCACCUGGCGGGCGACGGCCGCGCGACGUUCGUGUGCGGGGUCAUCGUCCUGCGCGGCGGCUCCACGCCCGCCCCGGCGGCGCCGUGCGACGUGGCGUUCUGCGUCGGCGGCGAGACCUUCCGCGCGCACCGCGCCGUGCUCGCGGCGCGCUCGCCCGUGCUCAGGGCGGAGCUCCUCGGCCCCAUGGCGGAGCCACGCUGCCCACCAUCACGCUGCGCGACAUCGAGCCGGAGACGACCUCGACGGGUGCUCGCCGUCGGGCGACCUCCUGCACUGCGCGACGCCGUGUCGGUGGACAACGUGGCGGCGAUCCUGAGCUGCGCCGAGGCGUACGGCUGCCCGGAGCUGAAGAUCAGGUGCCUCGACUUCUUCAUGGAGGAGGAGAACUUCAGGAAGGUGCUGCUGACGCGGGUGUACCUGACGCUGUCGCUCUCGCUCGUCGACGACAUCAGAACGCGGAUCGAGGAUCGGGAAAGGCGCAUUUCCGCGGAGAAGGCGUCGGGUUCUUUUAGUUUUAGCACCGCUAAAGCCCGCUAUUUCGAUCCUCGGAUGCAGAAGCUGGUUGAUGCUCUGAGUGAUUAA